AUGGCCCCACCCUCCAAGCACGAGCCGUCGUCGCCCGCGGGCGCGACAGACGGCAUCUUGGUCGAUGAAUCGUCCACCGUGCACUUUAGCAAGAAGGCUGUGGAGUACUUAAGGAAGCGUGUGUUGGAAGAGAAACUGACGGGGCUCAAGGCGGACGUCGAACGACGGCAAGAGAUCGCAUUGCGAUUGAAUUGUCCGGAGAGUCGUGUCACGAACUGGAUCCGUAAUUUCACUCAGACGCUGAAGAAGAACGACCUCCCUUCGCGCGCUAUCCAAUCUUCGUCGCCAAAGUCGGCGGCUGCCGACUCGACCAAGUCCCAGCAUGUCGCGACGGCGUCGUCCACUGCAGCAGUUGCCUCCCCCUCAGCAACGACUCGCGAUGCUAAGCCCAAGGGAACCCAUGUUACGUCGGACACAGAGGCGGCGGCUCGUCGCCGCCUCACGUUGUCACCUUCAGCUAACACGGACGUGGCAGUCCAUGUAACUAAGGAACCGAUAGGUGAACCAAAUGCUGAUGCUUUGAACGUCGAGGACGAUGAUGGCGCAGCCACUCCUUCCAAAACGGGGGUCAUGCCGCCACCCGAAGACAUGACAGGCCGUGAUCGAAUUAUAUGGAGGAAGCAAUUGCGAGCCACAUUGAAGCGAACGUUGGAUGCAUUGGAGGAGCUGGGCUGCCCGUCGAUCUAUGCCUCGUUCGACCCGGACACGCACGCUGGAACUUAUGAAACACGGGGAGCGAUCGCUGUCCAUGCGACCGAACAUGUCCGCAACAUCCACGACGUGAACCUGGAAACGCUCCUCCCCGACAUUGCCGUCAUUCGCCGGCAGUUUCCGGCGCUGUACCCCCCUCCCCCGAACCCGCUCAAGCAGCAGGAGAAGGUGUGGACGCAUGUGCUGGGUGCAUUGAACGACGAAUUGCGACGCAUGGGACAGCCCACUCGAAAGCAAAUGCCAUGGCACGCGCUCGUGUCGGGAACGAUCGGCGUGAAGGCGCGGCACGGCACGGAAAAACGAAAGUUCGAACUCGUGAACUGGCCGACUCAAGUCCCCAAGCGAAAGAAGCUCGACAGCGCUCAAUGCGCGUUGCUGCUCCAGAACUUGCCCGCCAUCCACGUAGCUAUCGCAGACGCGGCGUUGACACAGCAUGGGGAGACCGGUGGGAACGACGACGACGUCGUCGUCAAGGAAUGCGAAGACGACCACGACGAUGAAGCGACGGAAGAUGGCGGAAGCCCACAUGUCGCCCUCGUCAAAGUGUGA